CUUUAAGAUAGACAAUUAUUCUGUCCGACCCGUAUGUAAAAUUGUAAACAGUAAAUCACACGGGUCGGACACAUUGCAAAAAUUACAACCAACACCACUUUGUUUCACAUAGCAAAGCAGCACACUACACUACUUUCUCCCACACAAAUCCUCGCUGCAGCUGUUCCCUUAGAGUUUACUGCAGUAAUCCAAGCGUGUGCUACAUACACUCACUCUCCUUCCCACCACAUGAAGCUUCUUGUCAUCUUUGGGCUCUUUGUGAAAGCCUUUGCUGAGGAGAUUGACGUGGAUGACUUUGCAGAUGACGAUGCUCAUCCCGUCGUCGCUGCUGCAAAAGGCUCGUUGUGGAGAAACUUGCGUCCUCAGGACUUUAAAUUGGACCUUGUUGUUGUUGGUUUGAUUGCAUUUUACUUUGUGUGCUAUGUCUUGGGAAAGAAGAAAAAUGAAAAGUUGGCUCAACGCUGGUAUGAAUCGGUGCAGUCGUUCUUCCGCUCACAAUUUGCUCAAUAUGGAUCCGACAACUCUUCCAGCCCUGUGAUGAAGUUCAGUGCUGCCGAGUUCCGUUCGUAUUUGACGGGUCGUCUGAAUGUCAAGUACGUGCACACUACACUUACACUUGCUCCUCGUCAAGACCGGCUGUCUCAAUGGCUCUCGUCCGCUAUCGAUUUGGUUAUGGGCAACCUGAUGGCUCCAGUUCUGCCUCCUCGUGACCAUUUUGAAAUCAUGCUCACGUUCCCCGACAAGCUCAAUUGGGAACCAUUUGUAUUCGCUAUUGUCCGCAAGGAUUGCAUGCGGACUCUGCGUGAAACUCGCUACGACCUUGGUUUCACUCGCAUUUCUGAGUCUCCUUUGUUGCCCAAGACCCACGUUGUUAUGUCUGAAAAUGCCGAGAUUACUCAGAACAUCCUCGGAAACGAACGCUUCCUGGAGGCCGUUAAGAGAUCCUUGGAUACCCUCGAGUUCCUCAUCGUCACCGACCAACCCAGCAUUCCUCCUGCAGACACCAAGGACAUUACUUGUGUCCCUCGUGUCGAUGCUUCCAUCUCCAUCCCCAACAUCAGCGCUGUUCGCUCCAUCUCUAACGAGUCGGCUGAAGCAAUGGUGGCCGCAUCUCUCGCCAUUGCCGACAUGGCUUCUUCCAGCUUCCAAUGGCGUCCCGAAGUUACCAAGAAGCUUGUUCAAGCCAGAAAGACGGCUGCUGAAGACGUUGCUAAAUAUGCUGCCGCUCAACAAGCUAAGUCCAAGAAGAAGUCUCCUGCUAGUGCAAAGUCAUCCGGCAGCGAUGUUUCCAAUCUCUCUGCUGAGGAGCAAAAGAAGCUUCUCGACAGAGAGCGUCAACGUCGGAACAGAAGACGCGCUAAAAGAGUGUAAGCUGUUUCGGUUGUUUGUCUUCGUGCAGGUGUCUCAUUUAAAACAAAUUCGCAACUCUAGUAGAAGCCAGUUAGUUUUAGAAAUGCAAUCCAAUCAGUUUACGUCGAGCAUGCCGCGUUUCACCCUCACCAUGCAAUUCGACAAAUACGGGGUGCUUGUUUAGCGUGUAGUGUGUAACUGUGCUGUGAAAU